AUGUCUUCCGCAGAUUCCCUGCAAUCCGCGCAACGUGCGCCAAAGGCGCCUCGGCCCUUCGAUGAAGACGACGAGUAUGGAGAUGCGGAAAAGAAUUUCCAGCCAAGAUCCCCCAGGUUCUGGAUGAUCAUCAUCGGCAUGUACGCGUCGAUUUUUCUCGUCGCAUUGGAUCGAAUGAUCAUCGCUACCGCCAUCCCCGGCAUCACCAACGAGUUCCAUUCGAUCGAGGAUAUCGGCUGGUAUGGCAGCGCCUACAUGUUGACUGCCGCCAUUUUCAAUCCGCUUUUUGGCCGCAUCUACCAGCUCUAUUCGACCAAAUGGGUGUUCCUCGUCUCCAUCCUCGUCUUCGAGGUCGGCUCCGCUCUCUGCGGCGCCGCCCCUAGCUCCGCAGCUUUCAUCGUCGGACGCGCCAUCGCUGGCAUCGGCGCUGCUGGCAUCUUUUGCGGCGGCAUAAUGAUCAUCGUUCCGCUCAUUCCCCUUCGCAGGCGGCCUAUAUUCACCUCCUUUUUCGGUAUGGCUUUUGGUGUCUCGUCGGUGCUCGGCCCUCUGAUCGGCGGCACAUUUACCGACAACCGGAGUCUGACGUGGAGAUGGUGUUUCUACAUCAACCUGCCCAUCGGUGGCUUCACCUUCGUCGCCAUACUCCUGUUUCUCCACCUCAAACCUCCACCGCGCGAGAAGCUCACCGUCCUGGACCAGCUCAAGCGUCUCGACCCCUUUGGACUUUUAUUCCUCAUUCCAUCCAUGGUGUGCCUCAUCUUGGCUCUCCAGUGGGGCAAUACCACCUAUCCCUGGUCGGCACCCCGAAUCAUCGGCCUUCUCGUCACCUUUGCCGUCUUGCUCGUCGCUUUCCUGGCCGUCGAGGUCCUGACACCAGAGACCGCCAUGGCUCCGACCCGAGUCAUCCUGAACCGUUCCGUCGGUGGCAGUAUGCUUUUCAUGUUCCUCCUCUCCGGUGGAAUGAUGGCCGUCGUCUACUACCUAACCAUUUGGUUCCAGGCGGCCCAAGGCCAGUCGGCCAUGGAAGCAGGAAUCCGCACCAUCCCUCUGGUCUUGUCUCUGGUCGUCAUGGGCAUUGUGGGCGCCAUCUUCACUGAGAGCGUCGGAUACUACGUUCCCGCCAUGCUGCUUUCUCCUUGUCUCUGCGCCGUCGGCGGCGGCAUGCUUUCGACCCUUACACCGAGCGCAGGCAGCAGCCACUGGAUUGGCUACCAAGUCAUCUACGGCUGCGGCAUCGGCUGCGGCUUCCAGACCUCCAACCUGGCGCCUCAAACCGUCCUGCCGCGUGCCGACGUCCCUCUCGGCAUGGCCCUAAUGUUCUUCAUGCAGCAGCUCGGCGGCUCCGUCUUCCUCUCCGUUGGUCAAAACAUCUUCUCCAGCCAGCUCGUUGAUAGCAUUUCUAGCGUAGCGGGCCUCAACACUGAGGCUAUCGUUAACGCUGGCGCGACGGCUUACCGUAGCAUGGUGCCGCUGGGCGACCUCAACACCGUCAUAAACGCAUACAGCUACGCUUUGACUCGAGUCUUCAUCCUAACCGCUGCCCUUAGCGCCUGCAUGAUUCUGGGCGCUGGGAUUGUGGAGUGGAAGAGCAUCAAGGGAAAAAAGAGCCACCCUUCCAAGACUGACGAGGCCAAUGAGGGAGGCAAAAGCGAGGCCAAUGAGGAAGGCAAGAGGGAGGCCAAUGAGGAAAACAAGAACGAAGCCAAGAACGAGAGCGCCCUGGGUAUGGACUGA